CAACGUUUCGGAGAAGACAUACACACCUGUUUUUCCUCAUCCAGGAGUGAUCUAGCCAUCUAGGAGUACUUAACAUGGCUAACUUCUUUAAGAACUUCACUAUAAAGACCAAGUAUAGAGCAGUAGUAGCCACAGCAACUCCAAUUGUAAUCUUUUCUGGUAUUUGGGUUGCGUGGGCUUACAUACACCCCGGUUGGAAACGAAGAGGUAAGCCUGGUCGUGUUCUUUCAAGGUCCAUGUCUUUCGGAGUCCUUCACGGGGGACAAUUGGCGUUGGAGAGAUUGGUUGAUUAUCAUAAGGCGCGAGCUGAUGCAGCAACACUUGAAGCUGCAGAAAUCGAGUUGAGGAAUCUAAUAUCCGAAGAACAACCAGAUUUCAAAAGGCUGCAGGGAACUGUUGCAAAGCUUGAAAUGAGUGGGAAAGAAAACAUUGCAAUAUCAGUACUUGAAGAAGCACUGAGAAAAUCCAUAGAUGAUAAUCAGCCACAUGAAGCUUACGAAACCGAAAUGUUGCUUGUGGAAAUGCACAUUUACAAGGGAGAUUAUUGGAAGGCUCUAAAAUACAAAUGCUUAAAGGACGAAGCGAUAUCAGAUGAUCGGCGACCACUGUACAAGGCUAUCCUUUAUGUGAUGGUAGAGGAUUCAAAAGAAGCCAAAAAGAAUUGGGAAGAGUUUCAAGAGCUUAGAACACUCUACCAAUGGCCACCGGGAAUGCAAGAGGAUCAAAUCUAUAAGGUCAUUACAGAUUUCGAGGAAUUCGAGAAGGUUGUCAGGUUGCUUAGAGAGGAUAUCAAACAAGUGCACGAGCCAGGGACCAAGAAAUUCUAAGCAACAGUCUUAUGGAUCACCUCAGUGUUUUCUGUCCUAAUUAUAUCAAAUACUAAGAUUGAUGCACCCGAUUUCAAAAUAUUGAGAUCUUUUGCAUUUUUGAAUUCUAAUAAACGUAAUUGUUCACAAAUGACAACGACAUUGUAAAUGUUGGAUGUUAUUUUCACACCAUUUAGUAAUGUAACAAUAAUCUCGAACCCUAAUCGGAUUGUUGCAUUCAUGUGUGUUGGACUAUUAGUCUGUUAUUGUACAACUUGGCAUAGAAGAUGAAGAAAAGACUUG